AUGCCCAGCGAAAAGGAAUCGAAAAUGAAUUUGUCCGCCCUCAAGCAAGUCGACCCAGAAAUCAACGAGAUCGUUGACUCGGCCGCGCAGGUAGCUCUAUAUCAGUAUUCGACACAAACAGGACAGUGGGCAAAAACUGAGGUCGAGGGCGCGCUGUAUGUAUACGCACAUCGGAACGCUCAUCAGCGAGGUUUGAUUAUACUGAACCGGAAUUCCCCCAAGAACUAUAAAGAGCCAAUCAGGGCCGACAUCGAGUUCAAAAUCAAGACACCGUUCUUGAUCUACAAGACGACAGCCGGUCAGAUAUUCGGGGCCUGGUUCUACGUCGAAGAGGAAUGCACCCGUAUCGGCAAUCUCUGUUGUCGGCUAGUGUCGUACCUCAAGAAGCGUGGCAAGAACGAGAGCACGAGUGGAUCGCAACAACAAGCCGAUAAGAACCAGCGACAGGGUAUUUCAAUACUUCAGAAUCUGCUUCCUCCGAGCGCUCUGCCCAAGGGUGACGCUCAAAGCGGUGCGAACAUAAUGAGUCUUCUAAAGAAAGCCGAGGGCGGAUCCGCUCAACAAGUAAACGGAGCUGGUGGCAACCAGUGCAACAACAACAGCAGCAGUAACCACCACAACGGUAACACGAAUCACCAGCAUCAGAACGGCAAGGCCAAGAAGCAACCUCUGACCCCGAACAAUAACAACAGCCACAACGAGGGUGGCAGACAACAGGAGAAUGGACACCAUAGAAAGGCAACAGGUGAAUCCACGCCAGGAGUACCCGUCGUCCACAAGCCAGUGCCUACGAAAUCCCUCCCGUCUUCGGUGGAGCAGCUGUUCAAAUCCGCUGCGAGUCCGCACCAACAGCAAAAUAAAAAGCAGCAGCAUCACCAGCAACAGGGUUCGUCAUCGACGACGGCAGCGGCGGCGGCGAAUCAGCCACAGAAGCAAAUCUAUAAAUCGGUGCCGGAAUCGUCCACCCCGAAAACUCCUCGCGGAGCUCAGGACGGUGGAGGCGGCGGCGAUCUGGAACGUCUUUUGGGUGACCUCACACGAUCCUCUCUCGAAAGCCCGCCGCCGAGUGUGGCUUUGGUGGAGACUAAAGUUGAGGUUCUCACACCCCUGAAUCCUUGUAUGGCGUCUAUUCUCAGCAAACUCAACGAAUCGGCUCAGAAGGUCCAACGGGAAGCCGAAAUGGCUCGAAAUAGCCCAACGACGGAAGAAGCGCUCCUACGGGCGUUCAAGGCUCCUAUACAGAGUAAUGGACUCGAGAAGAAGUUGACUCUAAUUACGCCGGAAAUGCUGGAAGAGUCCCUUUCCCAGGGACCCUCAACUCCGCCGCAGACGUUGUCUCGUUUCGAACUCAAAUCGGCGCUCCUGCAUCUGUUAGACACGGAUGACGAGUUCUUGACGAAAAUACACAACGCAUACGUGCAGGGCGUGAGUCGGCGUAAGUUUUGAGGUGACAUCGGAAAACAGGAGCCCCGACGGUUCGAAGAUACGAAGCGGAACGAUUAGUGAGAUCGUGAUCGAUUACGAUGGCGAUGAUUAUUUCGAUAAUGAUGAUGAUGAUGACGUCGGAUCGAUCGUCAUUAGCGAAGAAUCAAAGGAGAU